CACCAGCCACAUCUGCUGAAAAUCAGUACAACGUCAUCGGUUCCUGUCGAACUCCACGCGCACGAACCAAGGUUUUUGAUCCUCCUUUGGCCACAAUUCGAUCAUCUCUUUCGCAUUGCGACGCAUGCGGUAUUCGCCAAACAGACGUCUCUCCACACCCCUUCGCGCCACCUCCUGCCUAUACCAUCAACGUCCAUCUGACCCACAACAAUGGCCACCCGCCGUAAACACACCUUCACAUCGGUCACCGAAUCUAACGGCUCCGCGCCUAUAACUGCCGGUAUGCCAGGCGGUACUAUCAAGCCUCUCACCGCCAGCGCGCGCCGCUCGCCUUUCCUGCCAACCCGACUCGAAGCGGUCCUCAUCUCCAUCUACCCUGCGACGCUCCUCGUAGGCAGCAUAAUUAGUACCCUAUCGCCCGCCUCGCGCGCCUCGCCCUACUCCGCCGACUCGCAGUCGCAUCUGCCUGAGUUUGCACCGAGCUACUUUGCGCUGAAGAAGAAUGUGUUCAACGUAUACUUUGUCAAGGUUGGAUGGUUCUGGACAACCCUGGCGUUCACAAUGCUGGUGCUCAUGCACCCUGGAUUCGGGCGCGGACUGUCCGUGAGAAGAAUCCGGGCGGUGCUGCGAUAUGGGCUAGUAACGACGUGGUGGGUGUUCGUCACACAAUGGUUCUUCGGCCCGCCGUUGAUUGAUCGCGGGUUCAAACUCACCGGCGGUGCGUGUGAACUGGCAAGAGACCCAGUGGCAAGGGCAGAGAUGAGCGAUACAAAGGAGUUCAUUACGGCGGCGACGUGCAAGGCUGUCGGUGGCAGCUGGAAGGGCGGUCACGACAUCUCUGGACACGUCUUCCUCUUGAUUCUGGGUUCUUCGCUGCUCUGGCUUGAGAUGCUCCCUGCGCUGACUCGUCUUGAGGGUCUGCGCGACGGCCGACUCAUCACUCUGUCAGACGGCAAGGUUGCAAGCGUGGCUGUCGAGAAGGAGAACCAGGAAGCUGAAGGCGAAGCGACGACUAAAGGCGUUAAAUUCGCCCUUGGAGUAGCUGCACUGAUGUGGUGGAUGCUACUCAUGACUGCCGCUUACUUUCACACUUGGUUCGAGAAGUUUACAGGCCUGGUCGUUGCGUUCACAGGCUUGUAUGCGAUUUACUUUGCGCCGAGAGGUGUGCCGGCCAUGCGGGCUUAUUUGGGAAUGCCUGGUGUGUAAGUAUGGAAGUUUCGAUUAGAUUCACGAGUAGUAUUGCACAAGCGGUUUGGCUUGCGCGUUUUGUAUAUAUCAACUCAUCUCACGUCUAAAGCAUGAGCAUGUCUCCAUAAUCGGAUGGUACGUGGAUAAAAAGUUGCGAGUACACUCAUGCACCAUCCGGAAAGAACACCUGAGAACAGCAUUCUCACCCAAGC